GUGCGAGUGGGGGCUGUAUUCUUACUAUAAAAGCUAGGAGAAAUGAUUCGCAAGUAACCAUUAUCGGAGAAAGGUGUGCAAAUCUGACAAGUACUGUAAGGACAAUGGUAGCUACGCUCAUCUAUUUCUUUUCGGCGCUGGCGGCUUGCAAUGCAGUGCCAAUAUGGAUCACAGGAGCUGAUUUCUUCCCCACGACAUUAAUGCGCAUUGGACGUUCCCCGAGCGUUGCGUUUGGUUUCGGCAGCGGAUUCAGCAGCAACAUCGGCGGCAUCGCGCACUCUACCGGCAUCGGCUCCUCCUUCUCCACCGGCGACGCCCAGGCUUACGGCUCCGGGAUGGGUGGAAGCGACAACGCGUAUGCCCGAGGAGUAGGCAUCGCCAAUGCCAGACCGUCCUACCCACGCUACCCAUUACCCUACAACAACGACUUUGGUCGCACAUCUUUUGGAUCUGCCGUCUCAUCUGCCCAAAAUAUCGGAGAUUACAGCUCGGCUGUCUCCUCGGCGCAGUCGCACAAUGGCCGUCAAUAUGGAGCGGCAGCGUCAGCAGUUCAAAAUGCUGGACCAGCGCGUUACCAAUCAGCUGUGUCCUCAGCUCAAAAUACGGGCCUAGAUUACCAAUCCGCAGUAGCUGCUGCUAAUAGCAAUGAUGGACAUUACGGAUCAGCCAUGUCAGCGGCUAAUACUGGCAACUAUGGUGAUACUUUUGCCCAUUCUAGAAAUAAUUUCGCUGGUUAUGGAGCCGCUGUAUCUGCUGCUGAAAAUAUCGGUGGAUAUAGAGCCAGUACAGCUCAGGCCGUUCAACAGCAAGGUGGAGCCCUUCAACAAAGUGGCGCUUCUAGCAUCAACGCGCCUGGUAUCCAGGCAGCCCAGUCACAUGCCAUGAACACUGGCUAUUACUAGAUAGAGUUUAUUUUAGACUUAGUAUACAAUUAAUAUAAAUUUUUAGAUUACACUGACACUGAGAUGACUAUUGUAGUUGUACUUAUCUCAUUGUCUUUGUAUAGACUUAAA